AUGGCUACCCCCGAGUUCCUCUGCGCCAGCAGCGACGGCACCGGCUGUGUGAAUGAGGCAAAGUACACCUGCCAAAACUGCCGACUCGUGGCUUACUGCGGUCCUUCCUGUCAGAAAGCGCAUUGGUCCACACACAAGCGCGAUUGCAAAUCUCCUUUGAACAGUUUAGAGUGGCAGCCCCAGAAUCUGAUAAAUGAGGCACCUACACCAGCCAAACUCGUCGAUAUUGACUUACUGGCCAAGGAAAACCCCGAGAAUCAAACCAAGGGUGAAAAGUUCCUUUGGGGUAACACCCCGGCAAUUGAUGUGCUCAAGCUGGAAUCAAACGAGGGCGUCAAGCAUGACGAGGAUCUCCGAAUUCUCUUUGCUGCUUCCGGGGACCUUCGAAAUUUGGUUAAAACAAUCGGCCAGCUUCCGGAUACCUACCGCGGCUCACUGGAGAUCACGCUCAAUGAUCGAGAUAUUGAUGUGGUAGCUCGCAACCUCAUCCUGAUCUAUAUUGCCAUAGCUGGAAAUCAUCUAGCCAGCAGCAUAGAUUCCAUUAUCCAUAUUUGGUAUUCAGCUCUCGUACGAGAGUUGGAGUUAAUUAUACUCCAUCAUAAACUUCGCCCAAUGGUCCAAGCAGCCUGCAGUGAGAUCAAGAACAAUCCCUAUUACGACGAGCCCAGAUCCACUUUUGCAAGGACCUGGGGUAUUGGGAAGUAUUCCCUCAAGCUUUGGCUCAACAAGCCUUCGUGGAACAGCCUUUUGUCACGCCUUGACGUACCCUUGGGCUUGACGGCAGAACGCGCGCAACAGAUGCGCACAGCAUCUCUGGUGAAUCCGGCAGCCGUCGAUUAUUUUGAACGAUUCAUGUGCCUCCAGCCUCCUUCCCAUCGGGUCGCCUCAAAGAAGUUCCAAUACGACGGCUUGCUUCUCCCAUUCGGAUCAUCCCGUCAAGAGUUUCAAGUCCCUAACCCAACUCUCUUUGGACAGGAUCACAUGUGGCUGCCUUCCUAUAGUGCGGAUCCCUUGAACGGUUGGUCUGCAGACGAUGUUUGUAUCACCUCGAGUGGACCGGCGACGGCUGAUCUCUAUGGAAAACUCCACUUCCACCUUCGUGAAGAGCUUCGAAAAUUCUUGACUCGUCUUUCCACAUUAAACGUUUCGUUCAUUCUGCUACAGACAGAUGCUUGUAGUCUCCGCAACAAUCUCAAGGAGGAUGUUUACGACCGAGUGGACAGGCUGAUAUUCGUGAGAACGCAGGUCUCCAAUAUUUCGGAUUUAGGGUUUCUGGGGAUACCCAAGACACUGUAUUACACAAUGCCGUUGCUUCGGUCCCCUCGAAAUAACCCACAUGCAACCCUAAUCACCAAAUUUAUGAACGCCGUUGACGAAAUCUUGCAUGACCCAAGCAAAAAGCCUGACCUGGCUUCGCAAAAGCGCGCAGCAGCCGAACGUAUCAGCCAGUACCUCCCCCUCGACGAACAUGCUCUAAGAUCUCUACCUGGGGCACUGCAAAAAUACGCCCUUGGCUUGACCAUGUUGACUCAUUACGAUAACGCCUUCAAUUGUUAUGCCGAAUACUACCAGCUCCAAUCAGCGGCGGAUCAAACAAAUGCGGUCCGAAAGGAACCACACACUAUCGUGGACAAAUGGCCGACCAGAUUGAAGCUACAGCCCGGCCAGCCAGGAGCGCAGGAAGAAUUUGAUCGGCACAUCCUCAGAUCGGUGAGGGGCACGCUUCGGUACGUUGAGUGGCAAAGACGAACAUAG